GUGUGGCAGGCAAAAGGUGAACAUCAAAGCCUCUCUGUCCCCGGUUUCUUCACAUCUCGCGCCUCCGCGGGCGUCGGGCCGCCCCCGUGAGCCUCCCCGGUUGGACUGGGUUUUAGGGACCCCCGAAGCCGGACUGCAAAGCUUCCCACCAGCCCUUCCCGCGAACCUCCCAGCCCUGGCCGCAAGCCCAGCUCCGGGCGCAACGAGGUGGGGCCGGGGGUAGAAGCAGUCUCAGCGCGGCGGGGGUCGGGGGGCGAGGAAGCCCCCCCACUCACGAGAAAGCUCUUACAUCAGCCGCCCCACGUGCAAUCGGAGAGAGGGAGGAAGUCGCUCCUCUAUUCGGGCUGCGCCUUUCCCCAGCCUCCGCCCCGCCCGCCGCGCGUCUCCCCGCCCCGUCCUUGGUGCAGCCGCGGCCGCCGAGCCGAGCAGCGCCGCGCGGGGCCGAGUGGAGCCGAGCAGCUGCCGUGCCGCGUCGCCGGUUUAAGCGCAGUGCAGGCCGCGGCCGGGGGCGGCGGUAGUGAGCCCAGCGCUGCGCUCCAGCCCCCUUUUCCCUCCAUGGUUUCUCUCCGCUCCCGUGAGUAACUUGGCUCCGGGGGCUCCGCUCGCCUGCCCGCACACCGCCCGCCACCCAGGACCGCGCCGCCGGCCUCCGCCGCUAGCAAACCCUUCCGACGGCCCUCGCUGCGCAGGCCGGGACGCCUCUCCCCCCUCCGCCCCCGCCGCGGAAAGUUAAGUUUGAAGAGGGGGGAAGAGGGGAACAUGGACAUGAAGAGGAGGAUCCACCUGGAGCUGAGGAACAGGACCCCGGCAGCUGUUCGAGAACUUGUCUUGGACAAUUGCAAAUCAAAUGAUGGAAAAAUUGAGGGCUUAACAGCUGAAUUUGUGAACUUAGAGUUCCUCAGUUUAAUAAAUGUAGGCUUGAUCUCAGUUUCAAAUCUCCCCAAGCUGCCUAAAUUGAAAAAGCUUGAACUCAGUGAAAAUAGAAUCUUUGGAGGUCUGGACAUGUUAGCUGAAAAACUUCCAAAUCUCACACAUCUAAACUUAAGUGGAAAUAAACUGAAAGAUAUCAGCACCUUGGAACCUUUGACGGAGUCUCGCUCUGUCGCCCAGGCUGGAGUGCAGUGGCGCCAUCUCAGCUCAAUGGACAUUAAUCGAGAGACAAAGAAGGCAUCAAUUCAAACUUCCUUGGACACCUUUUUUAAGAGACCUGGGCCAUCCAAACCAUCCCCCAAAGCCCUUCUAAAUUCUAAGAAGAAAAAAUUAGAAUGUCUGAAAAGCCUGGACCUCUUUAACUGUGAGGUUACCAACCUGAAUGACUACCGAGAGAGUGUCUUCAAGCUCCUGCCCCAGCUUACCUACUUGGAUGGCUAUGACCGAGAGGACCAGGAAGCACCUGACUCAGAUGCCGAGGUGGAUGGUGUGGAUGAAGAGGAAGAGGAUGAAGAAGGAGAAGAUGAGGAAGAUGAGGAGGAUGAGGAUGGUGAAGAAGAGGAGUUUGAUGAAGAAGAUGAUGAAGAUGAAGAUGUAGAAGGGGAUGAGGAUGAUGAUGAAGUCAGUGAGGAGGAAGAAGAAUUUGGACUUGAUGAAGAAGACGAAGAUGAGGAUGAGGAUGAAGAGGAGGAAGAAGGCGGGAAAGGUGAAAAGAGGAAGAGAGAAACAGAUGAUGAAGGAGAAGAUGAUUAAGGCCCCAGAUGACCUGCAGAAACAGAACUGUUCAGUAUUGGUUGGACUGCUCAUGGAUUUUGUAGCUGUUUAAAAAAAAAAAAAAAAAAAAAGGUAGCUGUGAUACAAACCCCAGGACACCCACCCACCCAAAGAGCCAAAGAAUAGUUCCUGUGACAUUCCGCCUUCCUUCCAUGUAGUCCCUCUUGGUAAUCUACCACCAAGCUUGUGGACUUCACCCCAACAAAGUUGUAAGCGUUGUUAGGUUUUUGUGUAAGACUCUUGCUGUAGCGUGGAUAGCUGUGAUUGGUGAGUCAACCGUCUGUGGCUACCAGUUACACCGAGAUUGUAACAGCAUUUUUACUUUCUGUACAACAAAAAAGCUUUGUAAAUAAAAUAUUAACAUUUUG